GCCACUGCUCCUUGUUCUCCCCUCUGGGACCAUGCCCCAGUGUCCUUGCCUCCAGAACAUCUCAUCAUGACUGCAGCCCAUCAGUCUCUCUCUUCCCCAGGCUUACUCCCCAAGGGCACCCCAACCUCUCAGGAGCCAAGCCUGGACGCACACCGACAUGGACGACAAGAAGAAGAGGAGAAGCCCUAAGCCCUGCCUGUCGCAGCCUGCACCCCCUGCCGGUGCACUGCGCAGGGUCCCGGUCCCUACCAGCCGAAGUGCCUCCUUCUCCUUGGGCCUGCCCCACCUUCCAUCCCCAAAGCAGCGGACCAAGUUUAAGAGGGUGACCAAGGAGAAGUGCCGCCCCGUGCUAGCUGGUGGAGGGGGUGCCCCAGCAGGCACACCCUUGCAGCACUCCUUCCUGACAGAGGUGACUGGAGUCUACGAGAUGGAGGGAGGACUACUCAACCUACUCAAUGACUUCCAUUCUGGCCGGCUCCAGGCCUUUGGGAAGGAAUGUUCCUUUGAGCAGCUGGAGCAUGUUCGAGAGAUGCAGGAGAAGCUGGCUCGGCUGCACUUCAGCCUGGAUGUGUGUGGGGAGGAGGACGACGACGAGGAUGAGGCCGAGGCCGAAGGGCUGCCCCAGGAGCAGAAGAAAACCGUGGCUGAUCGAAACCUAGACCAGCUGCUUAGCAACCUUGAAGACCUCAGCAACUCUAUGUAUCCUUUGGAGGGGACAGAAGCUGCACCUGGCAGAGAACGCAGAGCCUGAGGAGGCACCCACGGCCUGAGGGGAGGCCCUUGCCUGGGACCCUUUCAAACUUGCUCUCAGCCUCAGUUUCACCACGAUGGCUGGGUGAGCAGCUGGCCUCUCUCAGAUCUGAGGGGAUGAGAAAGGAGCCCAGGCCCCUUCAUGACCUGACUCUGUGACCUUGACUGGGACCUGGCCACAGCCCUUGGAACUGUGUGACCCUGGGCCUUCUGACCCCAAAGACCCAGACAUAUGACCCUUUCUUGGGACUCGAGGCCCUCUGACCGCACACGACUCUGAGUUCUGACGCAGGCUGUGACCCCCAGGUCCUCUGACCUCACAUGACCCCAAGCUCUGACCAGACUGUGCCCUCCGACUUCACGCGACCUUGACCUCUGACCCAGGCUGUGAUUCCCUCUGGCCCCACUGGAGCUGCUCAGGCCUGGCCGCAGGCAGCUGAAUUAAACCUAAGGAUGGACGGAC